GGAAAAUCCAGACUCUCUCGAUAUUCGCGUUAGUUUCUGCAAAAUAUCGCUCGCUUCGAUUUUCGCCUCCUCGCCGUUUCCUUUCCCUCUUCUCUUCCGAUUAUCAACUGAGAAAAAAAACGUCGAUUCUCGAAGUCGUUGAUAUCCUCCUUCCAGUUUUCUGCAACAGCAUGCCGAAGUAUCGGAGGACGAACCUUUUGGAGGAACCCAAUGGUGCAUCUGGAGAAGAACCAGAGUUUGGUGCAAUCUUCAUGUCGAAUAGCUCCACGAGAAAGGAGUGCCUUAGGAGAGGGCUUUUCGGUUUGCCAAUGGGGCAAGCAGGAUUUGUGAAACAGGUCAAGGCUGGAAUGCUAUUGUUUUUGUUUGAGUUCGAGAGCAGAGAGCUACAUGGUGUGUUUCAGGCUUGCUCUGAUGGUGCUAUUAACAUUGAGCCUUACGCAUUCUGCUCUUCUGGGAAACAGUUUCCUGCUCAGGUCAAGUUUAAUGAGAAGUGGCGUUGUAGGCCGCUUACUGAAAUGGAGUUUCGUCAUGCCAUUAGUGAUAAUUACUUUACGCCGAAAAAGUUCAAUUUUGGACUCUCGAAGGCACAGGUUCAAAGGCUGUUGAAGUUGUUUAGCUUGAAGAAAGUAGAGGGAUCACGACUGAGGAAGACUGCUGUUGCGAAGCCCACAAGAAAAUCUGAAAGUAGGUUGGGAAAUACAGCUGGUGUUCGCGGCUUUAGGAAUCGUUGUUCAGAGGAAACUGAUGGAGAUGUUGACCGUGAGUUUCCCUCCAGAGUUACAUCUGCAGGAGAUCUUCGUGGUCGUAGGGUAACAGAAAAUUAUGGUUUUAGGGAUGAAUCUGAUAUUGGCUUAGAAACUAAAGAGGAUGAGUACUCCAGAGACGCAUCUGGGGUCUUUAGGAGACUCGUUGAUCCCAAAAUGCAUGGUUCAAAGGAUAGAGUAGGAUGUGACUUUAGCAUGAAUAAUGGCUCUGUGACAGAUGGUUUAACUCAUUACUCUGAAUAUCCUCUAGCUAAUGAUAGAAGAGCCCCGGAGAACUUGAAACACACCGCAAGUGGCUGGUUAAGAAACGAGUACCAUGAAAAUGGUGGUAUCAUACAGGCAAGUUCGUGGUCUAACAACGAGGAACACCUUAAUACUGAAGCAGAUCCAGUGGUUCCUGCUCAAAGCUCAGUACCUCGAGAAUCACUAUAUCGAACAAACACAGAACACUAUGACCCUUGUAACCCCGGGAUCAUGGGAGAUGCAACGAUGAAAAGCUCUAGGUAUGAUCGUGGUGCGCCUAAUGCUGGUUCAGUGGGGUCAGCUUCCUUCACAGACAACCCAAAUUAUGUUUUCAGAGAAGAAUAUAUUCCUGUUGGUGGUUAUGUCAGUGACGCAUUGCCCUCGGAAGCAGUUCAACCAUUUCCUGAUGAGCAUAAUGGUUCGAGGAUGAACAAGACUAGUAGUCUAGGCUUGGAUUACUAUAUUCCAAUGCCUACUGAACAUCCUCAAUACCAACCUGACACUGGCAUGACUGGAGUUGCUUGUCCUGAAUCGGAAUCUGAAUCAAGAUAUGCUCAUCUGCGUCAUUCUCAGUUUCCUGGUUUCUUAAAUUCUGCAGAAGCCACCGAGAACAUGAGGAACUCUGAGAGGGACUCCAGCCAGAGCAUCGUCCCUUCCUUUGCUUAUCCUUUAUCAUCAAGGGAUUUGUCUCCCAAGUACGGAGUUAACAAUGAAACUUCAGCAUAUCAACACCAAGGAGAAUUUGAAGGCCAUGUUUCGUAUUCAAAUGAUAUGGUGGUACACGAUUCUAGAAUUUACCCUUCUUUUACUCAUUCUUCAACGUCAGGGGAUGGAGUUGAUUUGUAUACAGAGAAGAGAGCUCAGAACAGAGUUCAAGAUUAUCAACGGCAUGAAAAAGCUUUCGACACUAACAAUAGGAUGAUUCGAGAAGAUCUUGUUAAUCCUGCUGAGCUUGAAAGAAGGAGAACCAGAAAGAGCGUCUUCAGUAGGCUGGCUAUGCCUGCAGUUAAACGUGAUGCUGAAAAGGAAACUUCUUCGGACACUGAAUCAGUCGAUGAGGUCAUGGCAUUUCUAAACGACUGCCACAAACAUUGGAUGGGGCAAAAAAGAGCAAAUAUGAAUACUCCUGGGGAUUUUGGAAAACCAAAGGAGAAAAAGGAAAAGACUCUUACAACAGAGAUGCUUGACGCUGAUUUGAUGCUUCCUUUUACUGAGACCACUCCAGAUGAGCUGUUGGAUUGUGAAGAAAGUAUGGAACAUAGUCCUAAAAAGCGACCAUUCAUUGAUUUCAAGCGCCGUAGCAAAGUUCAAAAGACCAGUGGUAGUCCAACUCAAGGGUGUAGUAAAGAGAGCCCCGGACAUUCAGCUCCUCAGGGAAAGAAAAGGAAGCUGGUGAGACCAAAACUCAUCGAAGAUGACUCGGAGAAGGAUAAAGGAAACAAUGAUAAUCCUACUGAUAGUGUCUUGGCCUCACAGUCAGCAAGCGAUGUACCCGUCCCUGACCUCCUUGGAAGUGGUGAUCAGUAACCACUUAAAUGGAGUUGUAAACACUAGAGGAGAGAACAAAGGCCUCUCUUCAAGGGUAUGUUUCUACAGUUGAAGGCGUGGUCGUUCCCUAGCUUUUGUGUCUUUUAGUUUCCACCUUAGAUGAAGACAGUAAUUUUGGUGGUGUAGUAAGUGUAUCUGUCUUCUUAACCAUUUUGGCAGAAGUACAGUUUGAUUUUGGAGUAUUAUGCUGAUGUCAAAGCAUGAGUUUGUUUCACAAACUUUAUCAAACUGUAACCAGACAUCGAAGGUCUUUGUACAGUCUUGAGCUUACAAAUGGAAAGAUUUGAUUUCGUAAUGCAAAGAUAAUCCAUAUACAGGGUCUUCCUUAAGCUCAAGGCUUUUGCGAACAGAGCUAACAAACAUUAUCAUCUCUAAUUCAUAGCGUUAGGUCCAAAGCAUCUGUUCCUAGUAAUAUCCCAAACCCAUUGAAUCAAAUACUUUCUUCCUUUAACCCCAUUCACAUUAUACACAUUCCUCCACCUAUCCUUAUAUACGAUCCCCAUGUACCCUCCUCCUCCUCCUGACCCAUACAGCCCCAAGCAUAAAUCAGCUAUCUCCGUGGGUGCCAUCGCAUCCUCUCCUCCGUACCAUCCGUUCAACAUCGGGUUGCUCGACACUUCCGCUAACUCAUGAGCUAUCACACUGAUCAUCCCAUCGAUUGCUGCCUCUCCGUUGGGUGGUUUCAUUUUCUCUCUGGUCACAAACCCGCUCCCUGGAAACGGCUUAGGCUGAGCGAACGGGUAAGCGCACAUCUCUGGACAUUGUUUCUUACUGUUCCCAACCCAAACGUACGGUACCGUUGCGCCAACGAUGGCUGGGAAAGUGAAGUAAUGAAAGCCGCAAAUCGCUCUGCAGAACUCUUGCAUCUCUACAUCAUCUGAGGUUAAGACCAAGUACAAUCCGUUGAGUCCGUUUAGUGGUAGCUUGGAGAUCACGGCAGUUCUGAUGAUAGACUGAACAGAGAAGCGAGUGAGGUGAGAUCCGUGGGAGUAAGUUGAGUCGUGGAACUCUCCGGACAAGACAAGAGUUCCUGUGAUGUUGGAGCCUGUCUGGUCUCUGUAUAGCCUCACCGUCUUCCACCAGUCGGAUACUGACGGGUACCGAGUCGGUGUCGGUGAAGAGACGGAGUAGAGGAAGUCUCGGAUAGUAGACUGGUGUGUUGGGUUCCAUCGGCCGUACCAUAUGAUGUAGAGACUUGUCGCCGGCGAGGAUAUGACCGGACCCAUGUGGUAUUGAAGGUCGACGAGAUCGGAGGAGCCUUCGUAGUUCUUGCUCUCGUCGAAGAAUUGUCCAUUGGAUGUGAGAGAGAGUGAGAGGACGAAGAAGAGAAAGAUGAGUGAGAUCAUCUCGUUGGUUUUUAUUUUAUGAUUUGAUCCAACGUUG